UGUGAGCCUCGGGCAGCGGCGCCGGCAGGCAGGCAGGCAGGCAGGGCUCCGCUCCGCGCUACCGCGCAGCAGCGCCGCGCCGCAUCCCGCCCCGCAUCCCGCCCGCAUCCCGCCCGCAUCCCGCCCCGCAUCCCGCCAGCGUCCCUCCCGCGUCCCUCCCGCGUCCCGCGGCCAUGGCCGGGCGGCGCUGGGCCGGCCGGUGCGCGGCCCUGGCCGUGCUCCUGGCAGCCUGGUCCCUGCCCCGGGAGGGCAGCGCCGGGCGGCUCUUCCUCAACGAGUGGGCAGCCGAGAUCCCGGCCGGCCCCGACGCGGCCAGAGCCAUCGCGGACGAGCUGGACUACGACCUGGUGGGGCAGAUUGGAUCACUGAAAAACCACUACUUAUUCAGACAUAAGAGUCACCCACGACGGUCCCGAAGAAGUGCUAUUCACAUCACUAAGAGACUUUCUGAUGAUGAGCGGGUGUCAUGGGCAGAGCAGCAGUAUGAAAAGAAGCGAACUAAGCGUGCCGCCGUGAGAGACUCAGCAGAAAGCCUUUUCAACGACCCUAUGUGGAAUCAGCAGUGGUAUCUGCAAGAUACAAGAAUUACUCCAUCCCUGCCCAAACUGGAUCUCCAUGUUAUUCCUGUGUGGCAGAAAGGAUUCACCGGCAAGGGAGUCGUCAUCACAGUCCUGGACGAUGGAUUGGAGUGGAAUCACACUGACAUCUAUGCUAACUAUGACCCAAGGGCAAGUUACGAUUUCAACGACAAUGAUCCUGAUCCCUUCCCUAGAUACGACCCAACAAAUGAAAACAAGCAUGGGACACGGUGUGCAGGGGAAAUUGCCAUGCAAGCCAACAACAGAAAAUGCGGAGUUGGAGUAGCCUACAACUCCAGGGUUGGAGGUAUACGAAUGCUGGAUGGAAUAGUCACGGAUGCAAUUGAGGCCAGUUCAAUCGGUUUCAACCCAGAACAUGUGGAUAUUUACAGUGCAAGCUGGGGCCCUAAUGAUGAUGGCAAAACUGUGGAGGGACCUGGGAGACUGGCCCAGAAGGCUUUUGAGUAUGGGAUAAACCAGGGACGAAAUGGGAAAGGCUCCAUUUUCGUGUGGGCUUCAGGGAACGGGGGUCGUCAGGGUGACAACUGUGACUGUGAUGGUUACACUGAUAGCAUCUACACCAUCUCCAUUAGCAGUGCUUCUCAGCAAGGGCUUUCUCCCUGGUAUGCAGAGAAGUGCUCUUCAACUCUGGCCACAGCAUACAGCAGCGGGGAUUAUACUGACCAAAGAAUUACAAGUGUUGAUCUUCACAAUGAAUGUACAGAAACUCACACAGGGACCUCUGCAUCUGCACCUCUGGCAGCAGGAAUUUUUGCUCUGGCGCUGGAAGCAAACCCAGAUCUAACAUGGAGGGAUAUGCAGCACUUGGUAGUGUGGACCUCAGAAUAUGAUCCAUUGGCUGGAAAUCCAGGAUGGAAAAAAAAUGGAGCAGGACUGAUGGUCAACAGCCGAUUUGGGUUUGGGCUACUCAACGCCAAUGCCUUGGUGGAUUUAGCUGAUCCCAAGAGAUGGAAAAGUGUACCAGAAAAGAGAGAGUGUAUUGUCAAAGACAAGAGCUUUGAACCCAGAUUAUUAAGAGCAAAUGAAGAAGUCAUUAUUGAAAUUCCCACAAAAGCCUGCGAGGGUCAAGAGAACUCCAUUGCAUCUCUGGAGCACGUGCAGCUCGAGGCAACGAUUGAGUAUUCCCGCAGAGGUGAUCUGCAUGUCACUCUGGUUUCUCCAUCAGGGACCAGCACUGUCUUACUGGCUGAGAGGGAGAGGGACAAAUCCCCCAAUGGCUUCAAGAACUGGGACUUCAUGUCUGUCCACACCUGGGGGGAAGAUCCAGCAGGCACCUGGAUUUUAAGGAUUACUGAUAUGUCCAGGCGAAUACAAAAUGAGGGGAGGAUUGUAAACUGGAAAUUGAUUUUGCAUGGCACUGCUACCCAGCCUGAACACAUGAAGCAGCCACGUGUGUAUACAUCCUACAACGCUGUGCAGAAUGACAGAAGAGGAGUGGAGAAGAUGACGGAUCUUGUAGAGGACCAUACCACACUGGAGAGCCUGAGUGAAAAACCCAAGGCCACAGAAGACACCAGCAGCAGCAGUGACAAAGCAGAAGACAAAAUCCCAUCAGAAGCCAUGCUGCAUUUACUGCAAAGUGCUUUUAGCAGACAGAUGGAUCAGAAGCAGCUGCCAAAGAAGACAGCAAGCGAGAAGUUAAACAUUCCAUACGAACACUUCUACCAAGCCCUCAAAAAAUUGAACAAGCCCUCCCAGUUAAGAGGCUCAGAAGAAAGUCUGUACAGUGACUACGUUGAUCUUUUUUACAAUGCCAAACCUUACAAGCAUAGAGAUGAUAGACUGCUGCAAGCGUUGGUUGAUAUCAUAAAUGAAGGAAAUUAACUGUAGGGUAGGGCACUGAGUUGGAAAUAUUCGUUCUCCCCACCUGUAGUUUUUUUUCCAAAGUCUGUGUAUGCUCUAGUUGUGUGAUUGCUGCUUUGAUUGCUUCAUAUUUAAUACAAAUAUCAAGGAAGGGAAAAAACGGGUGUGAGGGGAUAAGACAGCAAAAUUACACUUUUUAGUAUUAUCCUUUUUCAAAAUCUUUCUUCAGAGUAGAUUUGCCCCCUCAGGCAUGAAAUGCAAUAGUACUCCCCUGAAAACCCUAAUACUCUAAUUUAAACAAUUUUCACAUUACUUAUUCUUCCACCCUCUUCACUUCAGCAUGCAGUAGGAUUCAAAACCUGAAUUACCAAGCAGUUUUGAACCAAACUGCCAAAGCUAUGGGGAUAUAUUCUCAUCCAUGGAUUUGUCAUGAAUAUUGCAGUCUUUGUUAUAUUUGUCAUUUAUUCCGAUUGAAUACUUGCAGCCAGUACUGCUUCCGUCCAUAGGUGUUUUGUUCCUUCUCCAAACAAUGCUCCCUUGCCCUUCUGUUCUCCUGUAGAGGAACAUCUGGGAGGCUGGGGUUGGACUAUGGCAUCGGUGAACACUGAUGAAGUUACUCACAAUUUAGACUACAAACAGAAACGCACUUAUAAAAAAGAGCCCCCACUGAGGCAUCCCAGGCCACGGGAUGGAAUUCUCUCCAGCAGACUCGGAACUCACCCAAGUGAAGUGCCUGAAUUAUGAGCCUGGUCUUUCUAGGCCCCAAGUGUUUAACGAGGGCAGGGUCUCACUUCAGAGCACUUGGCUUUCUUUUCACCAGUUACGAAUCACCUGAUGGAGGUACUGAUCUGUUUGUGUCAAAUAUAUGAGCUUUGGGCUCCAGCCUCCUACCUGUGGAGCCUCAGUCAGGUCUCAAAAUUAGUACAAAGCUGCCUUCUGAGAUGCCUACAUAUACAAGUAGCCAGGCCAAGUGGAACAGAGAGGCUAGGUGCAGAAAAGUCCACCCAAAGACUGUAAAAUUCCCAAAAUACCUACAAAGACGAGGCAAAAUUGUCUGAGAUUAGAAAAAAAAAAAAGCAAAAACCAAAAAACCACUGGGAAGGGUGAGCAUGGAAUGUGGAGUGGGAAGAAGAGGUUGAGGCAGAGGUGGCUGUCAGACUGUCAGAAAGCAACUAGGGUGAGCAACUCCCUAACAUUAGCAGUUUUCCACACAUACCUCUUUAAUGAGAGUCAAAAUUAUAUAUUAUUUUGUUUCUAAUAAUUAAAAAAAAAAGCCAUGUUGGAUGCUCAGAAAAGCUAGGGGAUCUAGAACAAGGAAAUGAAGAUUCCCAGGGGAUAGUUAUCUCAUUGAAGUGCUAAAGAAAACCCAAAAAAGUGCUGCCUGCUUUUUACUUUUCUUCCUCUUGCCUACUAUUGAAAUGUGUUUUGCAGACUCUCUAGAAAUAUUUUAAUAGGUUCUUUUUCACUGUCUAUUUCUUAAAAUUAUGCAAGUGUCACUAAGACAGGAAUUUCGCAUUUUGCUCAUAAUCCAUCAGUUCAAAUAAAAGUUUUUCAAAUUUCACACUAAAUCCUGUAAUUUAAAGGUAAACCUAUUUACAGUAAUUAAUUAAGAAUUCUGUAGAAAAAAAACCAAAAACUUCUCCAAAGACAACCUUGAAAAUUUUUUACCAAACGUAAGAUUUAAAAAAACAUUAUUUGUGGUGGCUUCAUGGCUACCUUGGUCUUAGCCUGCCUUUUUGCCAGUUUUAAGGAUUCUUUAAUAUUCUUCUAGAGAGCAGCUGAAGGAUAACAUCUCUGCUAUUGAACGCUGCUUCUACUGAAUUGCUCCCUCUCUACUAAGAGAGGGAGCAAUUUCUCUACUAAGAAAUUUGCUUAGGAAGAGCAGUCAUUUAAAAAAAAAUAUUCCUGCAAGUGGUCCAGAUUAGAAAGCUUUCCCUUUGCUGUCCUUUCCAUGCAAAAGCUUUCUGGCAAUGCAUAACUAAUGAACAAGCAAACCAUGAAAAUUUCUAAUUGCUGCUAUUACAGAAUGAGAGCACUUAUUUUCACUAAUGUUUAAUUUUCAGAAUAGACUCCUAUGGCAAGGUAAGGGCCACUUUCAGUCCUGUGCAAUGAAGCUUAGAGGCUGGUUCCCUCAGAUAACAACAGAUUUAGCCAGUCCUCAUUCAGGUAUAUUACAGUGAGGAAAGAACUAACAACACUCCAUCAGGCCUUGAAAGAAAUGUUCAGGUUAAAAGGGUGGGAAACAAAAGACCCUCCUUUGUUUUAAGAUCAGUUCCUAUGCUGUAGCCAAAGUUUCAACAGACAACAAGUUUAAAAUCUCUCUUUUGAAUGUUUCCAACCCAGAUCAGCUUGUACAGGAGUAAAUUAUUUUUAUUGUUAGUCUUUCCUUGGUGCCUGUGUGGGUUUUGUGAAAAAUGUAAAAGUAAAAAAAAAAAAAGUUUUCUCUCAGAAUUUUAAAUUAUAUUUUCGUUACAGGUAUUUAUAAUAUAGCAAAGAUUUUAUUGAACAGACAGAAUUUUAAAAGGCAUAAUAAAUUAUAUUGAAGAACCAGAUUUUUUUCUUGAGAAAGAGACAAUUUCAUCCAAUAAACGUAUUUUUUAAAAGGCAUGU